CUUUAAAAUACACUUUUUUUAAGCAAAGCAAUCUCAAACACUCCGACCCACGUUCCAUCUUGUUCUUGAGAAUGCCGGAGCUUCCUGAGGUCGAGGCGGCUCGCAGAGCCGUGGAGGACAACUGCAAGGGAUUGAAGAUUGUGAAAUCAAAGAUCGCCGAUGACCCUAAGGUCAUUGACGGUGUGUCUCCGAAGGACUUCGAGGCUUCACUUACUGGAAAAUCCAUCGUCGCAGCUCAUCGCAAGGGAAAAAACAUGUGGAUUCAGCUCGAUUGUCCCCCGUUUCCAACUUUUCAGUUCGGAAUGGCGGGUGCAGUAUAUAUCAAGGGAGUAGCUGUCACAAAAUACAAACGGUCUGCUGUCAAAGACGAGGAUGAGUGGCCUUCCAAGUAUUCAAAGUUUUUCAUUGAACUGGAAAAUGGCCUGGAGCUUUCCUUCACUGACAAGAGGAGAUUUGCUCGAGUUCGGUUGCUUGAAAAUCCAGUCACUGUGCCUCCUAUAUCAGAUCUUGGACCUGAUGCGCUAUUGGAGCCACUGACAAUAGAAGAGUUCCACCAAGUUCUAAGCAAGAAAAAGAUUGGAAUUAAGGCCCUUUUACUUGACCAGGGUUUUAUAUCUGGUAUUGGCAACUGGAUUGCAGAUGAGGUGCUAUAUCAAGCAAGAGUUCAUCCAAUGCAGAUCGCUUCAAGCAUGUCCAAAGAAAGUUGUGAAUCACUACUGAAGUGCAUAAAAGAGGUUAUUGAAAAAGCUGUUGAAGUAGAAGCAGAUAGCGAUCAGUUUCCUAGUAAUUGGAUUUACCAUUCUCGGGAAAAGAAGGAUAAAGCUUUUGUUGAUGGAAAGAAAAUUGAGUUUAUAAAUGCGGGUGGCAGGACAACGGCCUAUGUACCUGAGUUACAAAAGCUAAGUGGGCCCCAAUCUGCCAAACCUUCUAAAAAGCAGGAAAGGGUACCAAUGGGUGAAGUUGCUGAUGCUGAUGUUGAUGAAGAGGAGGCAAAAUCAGAUGGUAAUGACAGUAAACCUAACAGUGUCAAGAGAUCUACUAACAGGAAAAGGGACAGAAAAGGCAAUUCAGUUGGUGAUGACAAUGGAAGUGACAAUGAAGGUGAUGAAAUUCUAAAGGAAACUAGAGCUAAGAAGCCAGUAGGAAGAAAUAAGCUCAAGGAGGGUGGGCAGGGCGAGAGAGAUGAUAACAGGAAGAAGAAAACUAAUGCAAAGAGUAAACCUGUUAAUGAUAAUGUUUCUUCUGGUGGGAGUGAUGAGGAGAAUGUUAGUGACACACCUAAGAAGCCAUCAAAACGAGCCCAACCUAAAAUGGCCAAGACAUCCAUGAAAAAGGCCGCAUCCACCCAAAAGAGGAAGCAGUCCAAGAAAUCAACCUAGUUGACAUGGUCAUUAGUAGAAUAUAUCUGUUUAGGUGGUUUAUUUUGCUUUCUCUAGUGCCCUACUAAAUGAUUAUGCUGAUGGCAUGCGACCCCAUGCGUUAUCUUUGAUCAGAAGAGCUAGAAUCGAGUAACUAUUUUGUAUGUGAAGUCGUGAACCUUGUAGUGCAACUUAUUUGAUCUGAUGUCCAUUUUGUGCACAUGAUGGCCUGCAGCAUCCUGGCCCCUCUUCAAGGAAACUGUUGCAAACUAUUUUGAGGUUUGGCAUCUCAAUGUGAUCGUUUCCGAAACUAUUUA